AUGUCACCUUCACACCCCAACACAUCAGGAAUCUGCUAUGGUGUUGGAGACAACAACAGUGCUUUUCACUCUCCCUUGGCCAUGAUGCCUCUCAAGUCUGAUGGCUCACUUUGCAUUAUGGAAGCCCUCACCAGAUCACAAUCCCAAGUGAUGGUGCCAACUUCAUCUCCAAAGCUUGAGGACUUUCUAGGUGGUGCAACUAUGGGGGGUCAAGACUAUGGAGGGCAUGGAAGAGAAGCAAUGGCUCUAAGCCUUGACAGCAUCUACUAUAGUAACCAAAAUGCCGAAGCUGAAACCAACAGAGACCAUUCUUCUUCUUUGGACCUUCUUUCUGACCCUUUUAGGCACCAAACCCAUCCAUAUUACUCGGGGCUUGGGAUUUACCAAGUGGAGGAAGAAGCCAAGGAACCCCAAAUGCCUCAAGUGGUGGAAGAAGGCAUUGCUUGCUUCAACAACUGGGUGCCACCAAGGGAAUAUUCUUCUUCUCAGCAGAAUCUGGAGCAGCAUCAAGUGAAUAAUAGUAGUGGUGGACUUGUGGAGGAUCAUGGUGCUUCUGGGGGGAAUGGUGGUGUUGGCACAGUGGAGUGUGGGGAGUUACAAUCUUUAAGCCUGUCUAUGAGCCCCGGCUCUCAAUCAAGUUGUAUCACUGUUCCAACUCAGAUCUCAUCUUCUAAUACUGAAUCUGUGACUGUGGAGGCCAAAAAGAGAGGGUCUGGUAAGCUUGGUCAUAAGCAACCUGUGCAUAGGAAGUCCAUUGACACAUUUGGGCAGAGAACUUCGCAGUAUAGAGGUGUUACAAGUAUGGUGAGGCCUCAAUUUGAUCAGAUCGCUAGGGCUAUGGAGAUGAUGGCCAUGGUGAUGCGGCAGCAAAGUGCUCACUUUGCUCAGAUGGAGGCAGGUAGGAUUGCAGUUGAGGCAGCUAGACCGGUGGUCUCUCAGGAUGGGAGAGAUUUAUCAGAGUUCAGGGGAUUUUUUUUGGAGAAGUAUUUGCCAGAUGGCGUUAGAUACGCUAAGGAGGUAGAGUUCAUGAGACUACAUCAGGGGAGUUUGUCUGUUUUUGAGUAUGCUAUGAGGGCCAUCAUUGGGAUUGAGAUUGACAGUGAGUUUUCGGAGAUGUUCCCAGAUGAUGUGCUGGGAUUGCCACCUAUGUGUGAUGUUGAGUUUAGCAUUUAUCUGGUACUGGGUGCAAGACCGGUAUCAGUGGCUCCUUAUAGGAUGGCUCUAGUUGAGUUAGUAGAGUUGAAGUGA